GUGGUACCUGCCCACGCCCUCCAACAACUAGAAAGCCGCCGUCUCGAAUCUUCCGUGAGGCUUUACCAAGCGAACCUGCCAGAAGGCGACUAAGACAAUGGAGUCGACCCCUCGCAUAUCUUGUCCCUACCUGGACUCGUACGUGGGCCGCAAUGUCAUGGUUGUCGGAAAGGUCGUCCAGUUGCGCGGGGACCAGGCCAUCGUCGACGCCGAUGGCAAUGUCACUGCUCACCUCAACCGGGAGGCCCACCUCUCUGUUGGCAAUGGCGCCCAGCUCAUCGGCAAGGUGAACCCGGAUCUCUCGAUCAAGGUGUUGAGCUCGGUUGACCUUGGAACCGGCGUCGACUUCAACCUGUGCCACACCCUCGUCGAGCUGACGCACCAGCACAAGAACCUCUUCGUCUCCGAGGGCAGCGCCGCCGGCGCCGCCCACUGACGGUCCCGGCCCGGCGGUCGCGGACGCGUCUCCGUCGUCUGGCCAGCCGGUUCCCCAUCCUCCUCCCA